AUGCAUUGGAAAGGCCUGCGGCUGGUCGCCGAUAGUAGCUCCAAGCGCCAGAGCACUAUCGACCCUCAAGCCUACGCCCAACCCCAAAGUCGUCGCAGCGAGCAUCUCCCACGCCCCUCCCCGCCGACCACUGAGCCGCGAUACUCCGAGUCAACUCCGCGUCUCCCGGGUCUCUCUCCGCCGAACGAACAAGCCGAGUUUGAAAGUCCAUCCGAUGCUGCGAGGGGGCUCCAGAUCCCUGGCGAGCAGGGGGGUCAACCGCAUGGCCAUGGCCAUGCGGUAGACCGGUCCGACUUUGCCGGCUCCUCCUCUGCCGACACCUCCAGUAUGCGGAGGAAUCGCUUCAGCUUUAUGAGACUACGCCAUGCCUCCGAUCCUCAGCUUUCAAAAAGCUACACGAAAGCCCAGCAAGAAGCUCCACCAGUGCCUUCUCUACCACCUCCGAAGAUCAUCACCACUGCCCCGACGAGCAAUGAAUUAGAUCAACCGGUAAAACAUCGGAAUAAGUUCUCCUUCCGCCCAUCCUCUCGUAAACAAUCCAUGGAGGAUCUAUCACGAAGUUCGACGGAUCACCCGAGAUCAAAACAAACUCGCAAGAACCAGGGCUCGACCGACUCACAGAUCGGCGACUCGAGCCUUUCGACCUUCCAAACAACUUCCGAGACCCCCGGGCGACUCUCGACGAACUCCCUCCGAGGUGGCAGCCGGGACCAACCCGUCGAUUCUAAUCGAUCCUCUGCCGUGGACCCUCGAUUCUCUGAAUCUUCGCGGUCAGACCAGAGCUAUGGGGAUCAAGCACCCACAUAUCAGACCAACUCUCCUCGUGAAGGCCACGGUUCUACAUCUAGUGCCAAGCGAUUCCGCUUACCCCGUCUCAAGCGCAACAGGAGUCCCUUGUUCCCACUUCCCCCGAAACCAACCCCCAGCAGCCGCGCGCUGGACGCCGCCCCAAAGUUCUCCGCCGAUACUCCCAAGUCCGAUGGCUCGGUGGAUCACGACCAGGUCUCGCCUCUUCCCUCCCCCCUCACGUUCCUCUGUCGGACUAGCCUCCUCGGUCCCCCCGCAACUCUUCCGUAA